AUGGAGAGAAAGUUGUAUGAUGCAGCAAGAGAGGGAAGUGUAAGUUCCUUGCUAAAGUUACUUGAAGAAGAUCCAAUCAUUCUCGAUAGGGUUUCUAAUUUAGGAAUAUAUGCUGAAACUCCCCUCCAUAUAGCUACUAUUUUAGGUAACUUUGAGUUUGCUAAGGAACUCCUAAAAAGAAAGCCAAACUUUGCCUUUGAAGUUGAUUUACAAAAAUCUACCCCACUUCACCUGGCUUCUGCCACUAACAACAUUGAAUUAGUUACACUUCUUCUCAGCGUUGCUAACUCUGGAAGCAUUUGCCGAUGUCGCGACGCAUAUGGAAGAUACCCAGUUCAUGUUGCAGCUAUUAGGGGUCGCAUUCAUGUAUUGAAAGAGUUGCUCCGAGUUGAUCAUGAUGCAGCUCUCGUGCUGAUGGAUCAAAAUGAAACUAUUUUUCAUUUGUGUGUCAAAUUUAAUCAAUUUGAAGCGCUCAAGUUUUUAAUGAUCCAAAUUAUAUGUGAUGCACCAUUCCUUAAUUGUGGAGAUACUGAUGGCAACACUAUCCUACAUCUUUCAGUUCUUGACAAACAAUAUGAGAGAAAUACGGGUAUUAAGAAAUGGGGAGAGUGGCUAAGAAAAACAAUGAUUGUGAUCAGCUAUCUACUCCAAAGCAAAACGAUAGACGUGAAUGCAACAAAUGCAAAAGGCCAAACAGCAAUGGAUAUCUUAUACAUGGGCUUGGGAGGUACAAUUGGACAUACUCUACAAUGUCUUCAUAAUGCCGGAGCCGUCGUUUCGAAUCAUUCCUCUUACAACAACGUCCUUUCAUCAUCAUCAUCUCCAUCUCCAAUUGUUGAGAACAAUAAUAAGCUGCUGAUGAGUAUAAGGAAACCUUCUUUGUUGAGGUUCUUGGAGGACAAACAAGAAGCUGUAAUGAUUGCAGCAUCACUCAUAGCAGCCGCCGCCUUCCAAGCUGGUGUAACACCCCCCGGAGGCAUCCACAGCGACACCGUUGACCUCCUACGUAACGGAACAUUUGUAGAUGUAAAAUCAAAGCAUAUAGCAGGGACAUCCAUAGUGGCCUACAGCAACCCUCGACUAUACACGGCGUUCAUUGUAGAAAACACGGUCGGAUUUGUGGCCGCCCUCUCGGUGUUUUUGUUGGUGCUUACUGGGUUGCCUCAAAGGUACAAGUUCUUCAAAGGGUUUUUUAUGGUGUCGAUUUGGAUUGCUAUUGUAGCCAUUGCCGCCAGUUACUUCUCCUCCGUAAUAACCGUCGCUCCUCCACCGGUCAAAGAUGGGAUCCUUGUGUUCUCUUACGUGGUGUUAGUCAUAGCUGUGUUGAUGUGGGUUGCGAUUAUUUUGUGGUAUGCUGGUUUAGGACCGCGCAUAGUUGGGAUUAUCAAGCAGAAGCGUACCUCAACAAAUACACUAAUACGGUCAAUUAGUCUCCAUGGAACUACUGGUGCUACCCGUAGGGUAUAA